UUUCAGAGAGUUUCAGAGUUCUUCUUCAAUAAUCCUUAAUUCCACUCUUCACUGUCCAUGAUAGACCCCCUGCUUUCUUGAGAUUCAGAAACUAUACCGUUUCUUUCACCCUCCGCCAUGGCCCAAAAGCUUCAGCAGCAGCUCAAGGAGGUGGGAUCCAAGCUCCACACUCCUCCCACCACUAAAGAUGCUCUCAUUAAGCUCUUGAAGCAAGCUGCAGGAUACCUUUCUGAACUGGAUCAAUCACCGUCAGCUUCAAUUUUGGAGUCAAUGCAACCUUUUAUUAACGCAAUUAUCAAGCCUGAAUUGCUUCAACACCAAGAUAGGGAUGUCAAACUUCUAGUUGCAACAUGUAUUUGUGAAAUAACACGAAUAACAGCCCCUGAAGCUCCUUAUAGCGAUGAUGUUUUAAAGGACAUCUUUCACUUGAUAGUGGGUACAUUUAGUGGAUUAAAUGAUACUACUGGUCCGUCAUUUGGUAGGAGAGUUGUCAUUUUGGAGACACUUGCUAGAUACAGGUCGUGUGUUGUAAUGUUGGACCUCGAUUGUGAGGAUCUGGUUAAUGAAAUGUUCAGCACAUUUCUUUCCGUUGCCAGGGAGGAUCAUCCUGAAAGUGUUCUCUCGUCGAUGCAAACUAUAAUGGUUGUUCUCUUGGAGGAGAGUGAGGACAUUAGAGAGGAGCUCUUAUUUACUUUAUUAUCCACUCUAGGUCACAAUAAAAGUAAUGUUUCUUCGGCUGCAAGGAAGCUUGCUAUGAAUGUCAUACAGAGUUCUGCUGGAAAACUUGAAGCUGCUGUAAAACAGUUUCUUGUAACUUCAAUGUCAGGAGAAAACAAACCACCAUACAAUCUGAUUGAUUACCAUGAAGUUAUUUAUGACAUAUAUCGAUGUGCCCCUCAGAUCCUAUCAGGAAUUGCUGCAUAUCUCAUAGGAGAGUUACUGACUGAUCAGCUGGAUACUCGUCUAAAGGCUGUUAGAUUGGUCGGAGAUCUGUUUUCUCUUCCUGGCUCUUCUAUAUCUGAAGUUUUUCGACCAAUUUUCUCCGAGUUUCUAAAAAGAUUGACAGAUAGGGUUGUUGAGGUUCGUAUGUCUGUCCUAGUGCACGUGAAGAGCUGUCUACUAUCGAAUCCUCUUAGGGAUGAAGCAUCUGAAAUCAUUUCUGCUCUUUCUGACAGGCUAUUGGACUUUGAUGAAAAUGUCCGAAAACAAGUUGUUGCUGUAAUUUGCGAUAUGACAUGCCUUUCCUUAAAUGCAAUUCCACUCGAUACUAUAAAGCUUGUUGCUGAACGGCUUCGAGAUAAAUCUCUACUCGUUAAAAGAUAUACAAUGGAGAGGCUAGCUGAGAUAUACAAGGUCUAUUCUGUGAAAUCUUCCGCUGAACCAACCAAUCCGGACAAUUCCACCUGGAUUCCUGGGAGGAUUUUGAGAUGCUACUAUGACAAGGAUUUCAGAUCUGAUGUGAUUGAAUCCACUCUUUGUGAGUCAUUUUUCCCAUUUGAGUUUCCAGUGAAGGAUAGAGUUAAACAUUUGCUCAGAGUUUUCUCCACAUUUGACAAAGUUGAACUCAAGGCUCUCGAGAAGAUUCUGGAGCAAAAACAAAGGUUGCAGCUAGAGAUGCAGAGGUACCUGUCUCUUAGGCAGAUGAACCAGGAUGGUGAUGCUCCUGAGACCCAGAAGAAAAUACUGUUUGGCUUUCGAAUAAUGGCUCGGUCAUUUGCUGAUCCUGCAAAAUCUGAGGAAAAUUUUCAGAUUCUUGAUCAAUUGAAAGAUGCCAAUGUCUGGAGGAUUUUGAGCAAUCUCAUUGAUCCAAAUACGAACUUCCAUCAAGCUUGCAACUUGCGGGAUGAGUUGCUCAAAAUUCUGGGUGAGAAACACCGCUUGUAUGAUUUUCUAAACUCAUUAUCUGUGAAGUGUUCCUAUUUACUUUUCAACAAGGAACAUACAAAGGAAAUCCUUCAGGAAGUGGAGAUUCAAAAAUCUUCUGGCAGCAUGCAAGACAUAAAGUCUUCUAUGACUAUGUUAGUGAUUCUUGCACGCUUCAGUCCUGUGUUAUUCAGUGGGUUUGAGGAGGAGCUAAUCAAUUUUCUUAAAGAUGACGACGAGAUAAUUAAAGAAGGAAUCCUCCACAUUUUAGCCAAAGCUGGUGGUACAAUCCGCGAACAAUUGGCUGUUUCAUCAAGCUCCAUAGACCUUAUAUUAGAGCGGCUCUGCUUAGAAGGCACUAGAAGACAGGCGAAGUAUGCUGUACAUGCUUUGGCUGCUAUAACAAAAGACGAUGGGCUAAAAUCACUUUCUGUUCUGUACAAGAGGCUUGUGGAUAUGCUCGAGGAGAAGACCCAUUUGCCUGCUGUACUUCAGUCUCUCGGAUGUAUAGCUCAGACUGCAAUGCCUGUUUUUGAAACUAGAGAGAAGGAAAUUGAAGAGUUUAUUAUAAACAAGAUUCUCAGAUGUGAUUCGAAAGUGGGAGAUAAUGCGAAAACCUCUUGGGAGAAUAGAAGUGAGGCUUGCUUGUUAAAGAUAUUUUCCAUUAAGACCUUGGUCAAGAGCUAUUUACCUGUCAAGGAUGCUCACCUCCGUCUUGGAAUCAAUACUCUUCUAGAGAUCCUUGGUAACAUUCUUGCCCAUGGAGAAAUAUCAAAAGAUAUCAAAUCAAGUUCAGUUGAUAAAGCCCAUUUAAGACUUGCAUCUGCAAAGGCAAUUCUUCGACUAUCUAAGCAAUGGGAUGAUAAGAUACCAAUUAGUACCUUUCACUUAACCUUAAAAACACCUGAGAUCACUUUUCCUCAAGCUAGGAAAGUAUUCUUGAGCAAAGUUCAUCAAUACAUAAAGGACAGAAUGUUGGAUGCAAAAUAUGCAUGUGCGUUCUUAUUUAACAUAAAUGGUUCCAAUCCAUUUGAGUUCGAUGAGGAGAAACAAAAUCUGGCUGAUAUUAUUCAAAUGCAUCACCAAGCUAAAGCACGACAACUGUCAGUGCAAUCCGAAACCAAUUCAACACCAGCCUAUCCGGAAUAUCUAGUGCCAUACGUGGUCCAUGCUCUUGCUCAUCAUUCAUGCCCAGAUGUUGAUGAAUGCAAGGAUGUCGAAGCAUAUGAACUAGUAUAUAGGCGAUUGCACCUAAUUCUUUCUCUACUAGUUCAUAAAGACGAAGAUGUCAAGUCUGAGGCUAAUAUUACCAGGGAGAAGGAAAAUAUUUCUACCAUAUUCUCCAUCUUUCAUAGUAUUAAAAAUAGUGAAGAUAUAGUUGAUGCAACAAAGUCGAAGAUUUCAUUUGCAAUUUGUGAUCUUGGAUUGUCAAUCAUCAAGAGAUUGACCAGGAAAGAGGAUGAUUUUCGAGGAUUGACUGCAUCAAUUUCUCUGCCUUCCAUGUUGUACAAAACGAAGGAAAAGAAAGGAGGAGAAGAUUCUGUUGCUGAUCAAACUGAAAGUGAAGCAAAAACAUGGUUGGUUGAUGAAACUGUUUUGGCUCACUUUGAGUCACUCAAGUUAGAAUCAACUGAGAUUUGUACAGAAGCUGCUGCAGAUGAGGUUCAGAAUAAAGAUGAAAAAGAUGGAAAUAACGUGCCUCUCGGAAAAAUGAUUAAAGUUAUGAAGUCAUCGGGAUCAAGGGGAAAAAAGUCUAAAAAUGUCAAGAAGAAACUGGUUGAGAAGAAUGCAGAAAACGAUGUUGAUAUCUUGACAAUGGUGAGGGAAAUAAAUCUGAGUACUACGAGCAAACUUGAAUCAACCAAUGGUCGUGAAGAUUUUCAUGUUAAGAGAACGAAUGUGGAUGCAAUGCCUGCAAGGAGCAAAAAAAGAAAAAGUAGUGAUGCAACAUCUAUUCCAGUCUCAAAACAUCAAAAAUCAUCAUCUGGCCAUAGUCGUUCUAGAUCCAAAAGUACUUCAAAGGCACAUUCACCUGGUUCAGGAAAUACCUCACUGAGUGAAGUUGACAUGGGGAAAAACCAUGAUUCAGAUGACGAUGUAUCCAAAGCGAAGAUGAUUGGAGGAAGCAGAGCGUCAGAUUUGUUGGUCUCAUGUUUGAAAAAGCCUACAGUUUCUUCCAAGUCUAAAGCCAAAGGUUCGGGCAAGGGUCAUUAUGAUGAGGAAAAUGACCUUGAAAAUUCCAUCGACCUUGUUGAUAAGCAUUCUAGUGCUCCGGAAAAGGUUGAUAAGAACAAGAGUAACUUGAAAUCCUCAAGUGGGGGUGUCAAGAAGAGGAAACGAAGAAGCAUUGCAGGAUUAGCAAGGUGCAUGUUCAAGUAUGGAGAAAAUGAUAUUGAAGACUUGAUUGGAUGCAGAAUUAAAGUUUGGUGGCCCAUGGAUAAACAAUUCUAUAAAGGCACAGUGAAAUCUUAUGACCCAAUAAAAAGGAAACAUGUGAUACUAUAUGAUGAUGGAGAUGUUGAAGUGCUCAAACUUGAGAAGGAGCGGUGGGAGAUCGACAGAGAUCACAAAACUUCAAAGAAACUAAAACUGUCCAGAAGUCGUCCUUCCCUCGAAGUUACACUUGGAUUGAAGAAUAAAGACUUGGGUGGUUCACGUUCUAUUAAGAAACCAUUUAAAAUAGCGAAAGGAAAAAGGACACCAAAGAAAAAUUUAAAGCAUAGUCAAAGUGAUGCAACAAAAUUAAAAUUUUCGGAUGCUGGCGAGAAAGGGAGUUCAGAUAUUUCAAACCCCGGAAUUUCCAAAAUGUCUAAUGUAUAUAACAAAGUGGACUCAGGUGAUUCCGAAGGGGAGCACAUGCAGACUCUUGACAAGGAGUUCACAGACCAAGAGGACUCUGACAGGGAAAUCAAGUCAGACUCGAGAGGAAGAGGUGAAGGGGAACAUUAUAUCGAGGAAUUCGAUGAAGAAGAGAAGCCUGAUGUUGACCAUGAUCUUGAUGAGGAUGCUGAGAGUUUUGAGCAAAAUGCUGAUAACGCAAGAGAAAAAGUUGAUAAAGAAGACAUGGAAGCUGACGAGUUGGGUUCAAGAGAGAACAUAGACAACGACGACUCCGAAUCUGGAAAGAUUCAAGGGACCAUAAGGGAACAACAAAGUAGUCCCAGAGAGGAGCAGAAAGGCAAGGUUGAUGAACUUUCUGAUGACGAGCCUCUCAGCAAGUGGAAGCAUCGAGCGGGAAAACGAGGCUUGAGAUGAACACAGUCACAAGUAUAGUAUAGUUGUCGAAUACUUUCAAAAGGCCAAUGGCUAUGGCGGAUUCCAAGUGAGCUGCUGAGAAGAUGAUAGGUGGUGCCAAGUGGGUGCCAGUUUCAGUAGGCAAAAGGAAUGUGAGAGGUAGAAUAUACUGACCAAGUUGCUUCACAGCACAGCUACAUGUAGAAGGCAACAUAGCAGAGACGCAGUUUCUGAUGUUUAGGGGAUCAAAAUAUUAAAAGGAUUAAUAGCUUUUGAAGUAGAGGGGAUACAUGAAUAGGUGUUUUGCAUAUAAUAUCCGUAUCAUGCCUUUUUUUGUGUUUACUGCCUUUAUAAGACCUUUCUGGUUUCGAUGUUAAAAAGUGGCCCACAUGUAUAGUUUGAAUAUACAUGGUUAUCAUAUAUAUAAUGUAUUGAUAUUGAAGAA